AUCGGCAAGGCCUGCGAGGCCUGCCGGGUCCGGAAAACGAGGUGUGACGGCAAGGAGCCGUGUGCCCGGUGUCUCAACCGGAGCGUGUCGUGCGUCUACCGGACCCGGACCAGGAACCGGCCUCGCAAGUCUCAGACGCCGGCUAGGGCCACAGUCUCUUCGUCCGGGGCUAGUAAUACGGACGAGACUCCGGCUCCGAUCAAUGUGGCUCCGGAGAGCCAGGACAGGCCCAAGGACGACAACAGCUGGGGCUUCCACGUCCACAGCGUAGCAGCCAUUACUACUUCGCCGUCGUCCAUCAUCCAGCUACACUAUGGACCCUCGUCCAACUUCUCCAUGUUACAUUCCAUCUACCGGCUGAUCACAGGCAUCCAGACUCCACUAACACGACGUGAGGAGGUGGCACAGGUUGGCCCUGGCCUCGAUCUGUUCCAGAACAGGCAGCUCUUCUUUGGUGAUCUGGCCGAUGGCAAGUCGACAACGAUAUCCAACGACUACUCUGCCAUGUUCCUGGACAAGGAACUAUGCAACCGCGUGCUGGAGCGGUAUCUGUGCACGUUCUGGCACCUGUUGCCCAUCCUGACCAAAGAUGACUUCCGUCGCCGUGCAGAGCUUCUCUACUCCUCACCAGGGCUCUUUUCCUUUGAUUCACCUGAUGUUGUCGUCGUCAUGUUGGCAAUGGCCAUUGGCGCGUCCAUCCUAGAGGAAGAAGCCUUGGCACAGUUCCUAUUCCAGCGAGCAUCACAGGGAGCCGAAAAGCUAGAUGAGCUGGUCAACAUCCAGGCGAUUCACAUUCCAUUGCUGCAGGCCCAGUUUCAGCUCGAGAGGUCACGGCCGCACUCUGCGUUCUUGUACGUUGGUGUGGCGUCGAGAAAAGCCGUUGCGGCUGGUCUGCACAGGGGAAUUAGCAUUAGGGGGCAGAUGAGAGACUGUCUACAGCGCCGGUUGACCUUUUGGAGUCUCUUCAUCAUGGAAACUUGGGUUUGCUUCUGCCUCGGACGCCCGACCUCCAUAUCAGACCCGGGAUGUGGAGUCCCCGUGCCGGCAGAGGAAAAGUUCAUCCACGCCCUCGUCAGGCUGGCGAGACUCGUUUCAAAGUGUGCGGCGCGCAUCUAUAACCAGCAUCAUGAGUCACUACUACACAUGUGGAACGCGGCGACAGAGCUUCGCCACGAGCUACAGGCGUAUGCGGAGGAACAACUGUUUGACGUUCACCUUGACAUCCAGGGAGAACCGGGGACAGGGGAGUGCGGAUUCUGCAAGACCAUCAUCGCCUCGAUGUAUCACCACGUUCAGCUGUUAAUGUUCCGCCCAUUCCUUGUCCUCAGAGGCAAGCUCAGGACUCCCGCUCCGCAGAUUGGUGCUGAGUCCUGCGACAAGCUUAGGGAGCUUACAUGGCUCGACACUGCUUGCGAGUAUUGCCUCGAGCCGGCCCGCCAGAUUAUCAAGUACAUCAACAAGUCGUGCGAGAUCAAUCACCUUUGCAAGGAGGCGAAGUACUUCUCCUUCUUCCUCGAAGGCGCCUGCUAUGUCCUGGGCUUCGACAUGCUCCAAGACAAAAGCAAGGUGGAAACUCACCUGCCCUGGCUGCACGUUGCUCUCGACUGCCUGUCCAGCAUG